UUAUUUAAUAAAUAAUGACACAAUUCAUCCACAAAAAUCGUAAUUUUUACAAUAUUUACUAAAGAUUUGGUAAAAAACUAAUAUGGCCUAUAUCUUCGGUCCUUGUAGUACGAACUGCGGUCCCUGUGAUUAUCAGAACGGUAGUCUCUGCGUUCAUUGUACCGGUUUUCGCCCCUGUCUCGGUUAAACCUCGCUUUGCUAUACCAGGGGCUCAUUAUUGGCGGUUUGGGGAUCCCCAGGUCGUAUAUUUUCUUGUACUCAAAAUCAGCGUCCGUGAAUCUGUCUGAAAACUCCAACGCACAUUCUUCCAGAAAGGCCUCUUGCUCACGACUUAAAGAGGCCGACAUUUCCCAAAAAUAACCCAAACAGGCUUACAACGCAAAAUCAAAAGAAUUUUAACUGAUAUCAGAUUUUUGGCACAAAAUAAGGCCAAAAACUUGUUUACAGUGACACAUGCAAUUUACAAGCUACAAAUUUGAUUUGACAAAACAAAAGUGACAAGACAACAGCAAAAGUGAGGUUAAGAAAAACUAAAGUUCCUAAAAUCAAAAAUAAGUGUGGAAUGUGAGAAAUGUGGGCGUUAGAGACAGAAUUUUGAAAUAGGAGUAAAAACAGGCGACAAAAAUAAUUCCCCGGUCAUCUGGUGUCAUGCUAUUAAUACCGAGUAUCUUUUUCAAUUAAAGUGGUUGCAAAAGUGAGUCAUGAUUGUGGGAAGUAGGUAAAACUAUCUAAUCUGUUAGAAAAUGCCGAGAUAGCAGCACGUAAACAAUGGCAAAGUCGAGUUACAGUAAAGUGGACGAAUAUGGAUUUGAAAGACCUGAUAAUUUUAAUUACGAAGCCUAUGAUGAGUUCAUGUCGAAAUACAUGCGAAUACUAACAAGGAGGUCCCUACGUUGGAACACGAUAAAGGACAGCAGUUAUGGAAAAUCAAAUACUUUGAAGCGCUUUAUACGCAAAGGCAUUCCCAGUGACCGCCGAGUUGCGGUAUGGAUGUCCACUUCAGGCGCUAAUAAAUUAAGGGAAGAGAGCCCUUACACUUAUCAAGAGUUAAAAAAGAAGAUUAGCAACAAAGGGCUCAUUGACACCAUCCAAAUCGAUCUUCCUAGGACAUUCCCCGACAACAUUUAUUUCACAAAUCACGAACACUUACCACAGCAACUGUUCAAUGUGCUGGCCACGUUUGCGCAUCAAAAUACCGAGGUGGGGUAUUGUCAAGGCUUGAAUUACAUAGCCGGUCUUUUGUUACUUGCCACAAAAAGCGAGGAAGCGUCAUUCUGGCUACUUAAAACCUUAGUCGAAAAAAUAUUGCCCAAAUAUUAUAUUCCAAGCAUGUCCGGCUUGCUCACAGAUUUGGACGUUCUGAACGUCCUCAUACAAAAAUCGGAGCCAGCAAUACACCAACACAUACAAAAUAUUGGCAUGCCUUGGGCCUUAGGCACAACCAAAUGGUUUAUCUGCCUGUAUUCGGAAGUUCUCCCAACUGAGACAGUUUUGCGAAUUUGGGACUGUUUGUUUUACGAAGGCUCAAAAAUUUUGCUACGGGUCGCAAUUACUUUAAUCAAAAUACACAAACCGCUCAUUUUGCAAACUUCGGAGCUGAGCGAAUUAAUCGCGUGCUUUCGAAAUAUGCGCAGCCAUGAAAACGUUAUCAAUUGCCACCAGUUUAUGACCGAUGUGUUUAAGCUUCCAGGCAGCUUCUCCUCGAGCAAUUUAGACAAGUUGAGGAGGAAACAUCAGAAGUGAAUAAAUUACGCUAGUGUUUAUUUUUGUAUCUACAUGAAUCUAGUCGUUUUGUCUAUUUUAUACAGCCAUUACAUGUUUGAGUGUUA